CCUUUGCUUAGACUUCCCCUAGCCAGAUGCCCCUCGAGGUUUCCUAGACUUUGACGCGUAUUGACGAAUCGGCUAUUACAGAAGUGAUGAGUGCCUGUUUAGAGACGGGUGGUUGAAGAGUUUCAGAGAAAACCGACCUUAUAUAAAGCAAAGAAUCAAGUGUUGAAUGUGGAGCAUAAUUCCAAUGUUUCAGGGUCCCGCCUCCUUCUUAUUCUGGGCCCUGGGCUUGCCUUCUCCCAGAUUUCCUUUGUUGCAUUUAUAACUGCUACAGAGAUGCCACACCUUCAUCGACAAGAAGAUGAGAAGUUCUUCUUAAAUGCCAGAGGCCAGAGGGAAGCCUUACCCAGCAUCUGGGACUCGCCUACCAAGCAGCUUUCUGUGGUCGUGCCUUCAUACAAUGAAGAAAAACGGUUGCCUGUAAUGAUGGAUGAAGCUCUGGGCUAUCUAGAGGAGAGACAGAAACAAGAUCCUACGUUCAGUUAUGAAGUAAUAGUAGUUGAUGAUGGCAGCAAAGACGAGACUUCAAAGGUAGCUUUUAAAUAUUGCCAGAAAUAUGGAAGUGACAAAGUACGAGUGAUAACGCUGGUGAAGAAUCGUGGGAAAGGCGGAGCUAUUAGGAUGGGUGUAUUCAGUUCUCGAGGAAAAAAGAUCCUUAUGGCAGAUGCUGAUGGAGCCACAAAGUUUCCAGAUAUUGAGAAAUUAGAAAAAGGACUGAAUGAUCUACAGCCUUGGCCUGAUCAAAUGGCUAUUGCAUGUGGAUCUCGAGCUCAUUUGGAAAAAGAAUCAGUUGCUCAGCGUUCUUACUUCCGUACUCUUCUCAUGUAUGGGUUCCACUUUCUGGUGUGGUUCCUUUGUGUCAAAGGAAUCAGGGACACACAGUGUGGGUUCAAAUUAUUAACUCGAGAAGCAGCGUCACGGACGUUUUCAUCUCUCCACAUUGAACGAUGGGCAUUUGAUGUAGAACUGCUUUACAUAGCACAGUUCUUUAAAAUCCCAAUAGCAGAAAUUGCUGUCAACUGGACUGAAAUUGAAGGUUCUAAAUUAGUUCCAUUUUGGAGCUGGCUACAGAUGGGCAAGGACCUACUUUUUAUACGACUUCGAUAUUUGACUGGUGCCUGGAGGCUUGAACAAACCAGGAAAGUGAAUUAGGUUAUUUGCCGUCUUUGGUUGUAUUUGUAUCCAUCAGUGUCACAUUAUUUCAUUUGAAAUUAAAAUUUUAAAUAAAGCUGGAAUAAACCUA